AUGCCUACUGCUGCUCCUGCUGUUCAACCUUCCUCUCCUCCCUCGCCAAAAGAAGUUCGCUUCUCAGACACUUCCUCGAUCGUCACUGGCUUUUCAAGACCUCUGACGUCCGAGGAGGCAUGGCUCUUGUUCGAUUUUGAGACCCACUCUCGUGGAUGUCACCAAUGUAUCUCCCCAUACAAGCGAUGGCAGGCUGGUGCUCCAUUGUGCCAUAAAGGCAAUCACCUGUCAAUGCGCAUAGCCGAGACCAUCUACAUGCAGAAGGGCAAGGUCUUCGAAAGAUAUACCCGGUUUAGGAGACCUUCGCAAGUUGAAAUCCCUCACACAUACACCUACCUCCGAGAACAACUUCGUGUUUUGGAAGAGUCUGCCGCCAUCCGUCAUGCUCGCAGACAAGACGAGGAGCAAAGACCUCGUGUCAGAGUUCACAAUGAUAGCAAUCGCCGCAACGAUGAACCUCACAGAUCCAGCAGCACUGAAGUCAUCAUUGAGGCAGCUCGCAGAGACAACCACCAUCGGAGAGACAGGUACCGUCAGGAAGAGCCUCGCGAGAGCAGAUACCAUGAUCAAGACAGACACGGCUACAGAGAACAUCGCUCAGAGUACCGUCACCAAGACAGCAGAAGGGAUCGAGAACGCCACCGAACUGCAGAUGCGGAGGCGGAGGUCAACGUCCGCGAACACAGGUACCGAACACAGGAGAGGAGACCCGCCUGGGCGGAAGAGGAUUCAAGAGCACGCCGGUAG